AUGAACCUUAAGAUAGCAAAUAAUAUAUUAUUGAAUAUAAGUCGGAUACUUUUAGAAUUAAUUUCAAACAUUUACUUAAAAGAGCAGAAUACAUGCCACACAAUAGUCAGAGUAAUAUAUGAAACUAUCAUGAUAAAUUCAACUACCAACAAGUAAAAUUAAUUAAAAAAGACUUUAGGGAUUUAUUUAUCAUUCAAAAUCCUUAUCAAAUUAACAUUAUAAUCUUCAUUAAAUGUAGACCUUUAGAAUAUUUAUUUAUAAAAUCUUAUAAUUUACAUGGUAUUGAAAGAAUAUAAGAAAUUUUGGUUCAGCAGCUAAACUGUGAAAGUAGGCAUUUAAUAAAAAAAUAAUUAAAUGUUUUUGCAUGA